GCAUUUGAUAGAAGGCAUAGGCUACAUAUUAUGGUAUGGGCUACCGACAGUGAAUAAUUUUCAGUGAGUCAAACUCUGCUAGAACUGUGAACGACGGUGCUGCCGGGAGAAUUUGGCGUGUUGCUGCCGAGAACAUUGAGAGCCAGCAAAAGAAAACUGAAUCAAAGCAAUCAUCAUGUGUGACGGACCAACCAGGGAGGACGGCACAGUCACCAGGUCUGCUGAGUAUGUUGGCUCGUUUCCUGUGGAUGAUCAAUCCUUGGACGAGCAGAUUCAACAGCUGCACAUACAGCUGAAGGCUCUCAGGAAUUCCAAGAAAAGGAGGCCAGUCUCGCUGAAGUUCUCCAUUAAAGGACUGAAAAUAUAUGAUGAGGAUGAGACGACACUCCUCAUGGCCCACGCGAUGCGGAGGAUCUCCCUAUCCACCGCUCGGCCGUCCGACUCCCAGUUCGCCUUUGUUUCCCACAACCCAGGCAGCAGUGACACCCAGCUCUACUGCCACCUUUUCAAGGCCAGACAUGCCAGAGCGGCUCAGUUCCUGAACCUGCUGCUAUGCCGGUGCUUCCAGCUCUUCUACCUGGAGUGCCACCCGGAGGAGGCUCAGGACGAGUCGUCUGAAGGGAAGAAGCUAACACGCGUCCCCUCGCUCCUCAACCAGGGCUUCCCCCUCAGCGUCAGCGCCCUGGUCUCCUUCAGGCGAGCCCCUUUCCUGGGACUCUUCCCAGGGGCCAAGACCCCAUCCAAGCCCAGCACACCGGAGCCACCACAGCAGAAGCAGCAGAAGCAGCAGCAGCAGCCCCAGAACAGCACCCCAGAGGACGGCCCCAUCACCUCACCCACGCUAGUGCGCAAGAAGGCCAUCCGCAACAAGGGCCUGAGCUCCGGAGCCUACCGCUCCUUCACCUACACGCCACUCAAACAGCGGCAGCUACAGGAGCGGAUGAACCACACGAAAGGAAAGGAGGAGCUAGAUGGUCCAGUGCGGCAUGUGCGUACCCCAAGUCUGGCCGAGUCCGAAGAAGCGUUGGCUCAAGCGGUGUGGUGCUCGGCUGGGCUCUCUAGUGACAGCAGCUCUGCCCUGCUCGCGGAGGACGUGCUUGGUGCCUACCUGCUGUGCCCCCAUCCCAAGAAACCCAGUCGUGGCACCCUCAUCAUCCGUUUCCCCUCCGGCCUGGCCGUCCAGGUCAUCAAGAACACCUCCAAGGGCAAAUACCUGCUGGAGGGAUGCCACAUCGAGUUUGAAAGCAUUUCAACCCUAAUAGAUUACUACACGGAAUACAGAGGGGAAUUGGAAUGCCAUCUGAGCUGUGCACGAGUGAACCACUGCUAUGAGUGGGAGGAGAAUGUCAGCAAAUCCCAGACUGAACUAACACAGUUUAACCACAAGAGGGUCAUGCCUAAGAAUGGUCGCGGGAAAAGCUGGAUCUGAAUUCUUUAUUUUGAGUUUGCGUGGUGAAGGUGGCCUAGGUCUAUCUGGUAGACUAGGCCUACUGGAGGCUUAAACUUUUAAACACUUUUUAAAGAAGUUUGAUUACUUCAGGUACAUUUGGGAAUUGGUCUGUGAUUCUAUUCUUCUUGUUCGGAGUAUAUGGACUUGGUGAUAGGCUACUCACUUUUAGCCUGUGUGGCACUUUUCUUUCAAUCAUAUGGUUCCUUAGCACUUGUUUUCUAUCUGCUGUAGCCUAUAUGUUAUUUAUUAUUUGUGGGUUUUGGGAAUGUCACACUUUUCUAUAUGAUCAAUAGCCAAUAUGAUCAUUUUACCUAAGAGUCAUUAAUAUUUACGUUGUCCUUUAUGCAUGUGUAGACUAACAUUUCACAAUUCUGUAGCAUAGGAUCUAUUGUUAGGCAGAUAUGCCAACUAAACAGCAAAUUCAAUGUAGCCUACCAUUCUUAUAUCAUGAAUAUGUGAUAUUUCUGGUUACUGACAUUUUAUGAAUGAUUACUGGUAACACACAUGUAGUCCCUACUCAGGUUCCUCUGUGACUGACAUUUUGUUGAUUUUUUUGUAUGUGCCAGUUUUUAUGUUGUAGCCCUAUAUGGCUGAAGUCAACUUUUAUGAAGUUUUUACUGUCCUCCAUUUUCAAGGACUUAUAUCCACAUUUUGUAGUUGACCUCAUAUAUAUUUUUUAUAAACCAUGUCUUUAACUACAA